GGCGCGCAGAGCAAGGAAGGGAGCAAGGAAGGAAACAGGUGCCUCCCAGCCUGCCGCUCCUGCCUGGGGGGCCAUGGGGGCGCCCCAGUGAAGCGGGGAAGGCGCCCACCUCUUGUCCCUCGCUGGCCAUGCUGCCAGGCCCAUGCUGCUAGGGGCGUCCUGGCUGUGCUCCUCCAAGGCGGCCGCCGCGGAGAAGCGGGCCGCGGAGGAGAGGCGGCGGCGGCGGGCGGCUUCGGCUCCCGGGGCGGCGGCGGGAGGAGGAGGAGGCGGCGGCGGUGGCGGCGGGGGCUUCGCGUCCCCCCCGUUGUGCUCCUCGGCCGCCUCCUCCUCCUCCUCCUCGGCCAUGGACGAGUCCUCCUUGCUGGACCUGCUGGAGUGCUCGGUGUGCCUGGAGCGGCUGGACACCACGGCCAAGGUGCUGCCCUGCCAGCACACCUUCUGCCGCCGCUGCCUGGAGAGCAUCGUCAGCUCCCGCCACGAGCUGCGCUGCCCCGAGUGCCGCAUCCUGGUGGGCUGCGGCGUGGACGAGCUGCCCGCCAACAUCCUCCUCGUCCGCCUCCUGGACGGCAUCCGGCAGAGGCCCCGCGGAGGGAGCGCGGGAGGCAACGGCGGCAGCAGCGGGGCAGUCCCGCCGGGAAGCCCCUCGCCCCGCGGCUGCAGCCACGCAGGCACCGCCGGACCCGCAGCAGCAGCAGCAGCAGGAGGAGGAGGGAGCGGCGCGGCCCCUGCCGCCAACCCCGGCGGAUCCCCGAGCGUGGCCUUGGCCGCCGCCUCCGCCGCCGCCAGCCUCCGGGAACUGGCCGCCCUCAGCCGCACCAGCGCCCUGCUCAAGAAUUCCUCUCAGCUUCCUUAUGGAAAAGCUCUCUAUGCUUAUGAAGGAAAAGAGCCAGGUGAUCUGAAGUUUAACAAAGGAGAUAUUAUUAUACUGCGGCGAAAAGUAGAUGAAAAUUGGUAUCAUGGGGAACUCAAUGGAAAUCAUGGCUUUUUCCCAGCAAGUUAUAUCCAGUGUAUCAAGCCCCUUCCACCAGCUCCACCUCAAGGCAAAGCACUUUAUGACUUUGAAAUAAAAGACAAGGAUCAAGACAAGGACUGUUUGACUUUCACGAAGGAUGAAAUUUUGACUGUCAUCAGGAGAGUAGAUGAUAAUUGGGCAGAAGGAAUGCUGGGAGAUAAAAUUGGAAUAUUUCCUAUUCUCUAUGUGGAGCUCAACGAAUCAGCUAAGCAACUUAUUGAGACGGACAAGACCAAUCUAGCUGCUGGCAGCGAUGUCCCCUUGCCAGCAGACACUAACCUGGCAAUAAACACAGUCCAGUGCUGUACCCUGAACAGUGCUGGAGCAGUCAGUGCCAUUCAGCGGCACAUUGACGGCAAGAAGAACACCAAGAAGCGCCACUCCUUCACGGCUCUGAGCAUGACACACAAAUCUUCUCAGGCCAUGAAUAACAGGCAUUCCAUGGAGAUUAGUGCCCCUGUCCUGAUCAGCUCAAGUGACCCCCGUGCAGCUGCCAGAAUUGGAGAUGUGACUCAUCUCUCAUCUAGUGCUCCAGUCCAGGAUUCUGCUUCAGCUGGAUCUGCAACCAUGGCUGGACCCAGAAUGAGUGCAAUUACUGGGGAUCAGGGAACACCACCAAAGGUCCAGCUACCUCUCAACAUCUACUUGGCAUUGUAUGCAUACAAACCCCAGAAGACUGAUGAAUUGGAACUGCGUAAGGGUGAAAUGUAUCGUGUUAUUGAGAAGUGUCAGGAUGGCUGGUUCAAAGGGACAUCGUUGAGAAAUGGUACUUCUGGUGUCUUUCCAGGCAAUUACGUUACUCCUGUUUCCAGGGUUCCUGCAGGCGCUGGUCAGUCCAGGAAUUUACCAGGAGGCUCUCCAACAGCCAAAGGUUCUUCAGGAGCUGUUCACCCAGGAAGCCCAGCUCUUACAAACUGUGUGACCGUUGUCAGGCCUGCCGUUCCGAUCACUUCACCUCCCACACAGCCCCAAGGAUCAGUAGCCUCGCCUCAGAUGAAUAACUGCGCUCGGUAUUCCCCACAGCAAGCAGGCAUCCAAUCCCGCAAUUCUGCUCAAAUGGUAGUGCACCCUUCAGUGCAAGCACAGGACCGGCCUACAGCUACUGUCUCACCAUUGAGAACCCAGAAUUCCCCAUCUCGUCUCCCAACAACUGUGGUCAGGCCACACUCUGUAGUAUCUCCUCAGCACGUCCACCACUCCCCUGUACAUGUCAUCUCUGGAGCCAGGCCCAUAAUUCCUCUCACAUCAGCAGCAGCAGCCAUCACUCCUCCCAAUGUCACUGCAGUCAAUCUGAAUGGAGAAGUAGGAAAUGGGCCCAUCAGUAGCCUGGUCACUUGCAGUCCAACCAACACAGCCUGCAAAGCAGAUGAGAGAAAAAACGAAAAGAAAGAAAAGAAAAGCGGACUGCUGAAACUUCUAGCAGGAGCAUCAACAAAAAAGAAAUCACGUUCCCCUCCAUCGAUGUCGCCAACACAUGACCCUUUGGCAAUGGUGGAAGGCAUGCUGCAGGGUGCUAUUGGACCAGAACUGUCUUCUCUCUCUAGCCAUGGAAGGGCCGGCUCCUGCCCAAUCGAAAGUGAAAUGCAAGGAGCGAUGGAGAUGGAACCUCUGCACAGAAAGACAGGCUCCUUGGAUUUGAAUUUUUCUAUUCCUUCUCCCAUAAGGCAGCUGCCACCCUCCAUGGCUGCCAUCCGUCCAGAACCUAAGCCAUUGUUUCGGGAAAGGUAUCGUGUUGUGGUUCCCUAUCCCCCGCAAAGUGAAGCUGAGAUUGAACUGAAAGAAGGCGACAUUGUUUUUGUCCACAAGAAGAGGGAAGAUGGUUGGUACAAAGGGACAUUGCAGCGGAACGGUAGGUCAGGCCUCUUCCCUGGAAGCUUUGUGGAGAGCUUCUGAGGGCCUUCCAUUUGGGACCUUGAGAGACCUUUCAGAAGGAAUUCCAUAGCACAAAACAAAGCCAACAGCAAAGGGAAACUUUCCACUGCCAUAAUAAGAACUGUAAUUAUUAUUUCCAAAGACUCUCUGGGCUCUUUGAUAUUCAGCCCUGGAGACGAGAUCUCUUGCUGUGCUUUCAAACCCACAUACAGUACAUACAGCAGUAUGUUGGAGCAGUGCCUUCUACUUGGAAUCAAAGACUAAGAGGACACACAUUCGGGUUGUUAUCUAAACUGAAAUCCAGCCACUAUACUUUGUGUAAAUGAUAGAGAAAAUAUGUUUUAAAAAGAAUUACAAAAACGCAUUAUAUUGCUGUAAUUUAUUUGUCUGAGCUGCAGUGUUCUUAUUACUGGCCUAUGCAAGAGGGGAUUUGAGUUUCAAGAGGGGAGCAAGGGGACUCUUGAGGAAUUAACUAGUUUGUUUUCCUAGGUGAGCGGAAGGAAACAAGCAGAGGACACAAACCCCAAUUAAAUCUACACAAUUUCUAGCUAGACAGAACUAGCAUAAAUAAUCUCUAGCAUUCCUUUCUGUAGAUACCUCAACAAUAUUCUGCUUAUGACCACCAGGGAAGAGGCUGGGAGAGGAUAGCUCCCAACCUUAAAGAACUCAGUCAUGUCAACUAUUGUCUUACAUAGGAUUCAGCUUGCUAACAUUAGGAGAGGGAUUCUGCUUUUCCCAACCCUUCCUGAAAGCCUAAUCUGAUGCUAAGCAAAGGAUCCCAUGACUAACUCAGACUGACCAGGGGACAUUCAGCUGUGCUUUCUCUCUGGCCACCAUAUCUCUAAUGCUUGUAUUAAUCAGUCCUCCAUCUUACCAAGACAUCCCUUGGAGGGCACACUCAUGCCAGAUGGACCUUCAGCACUAUAUAAAUUUCAAUUUUCUGAGGGAACCUUUUUUUUCUUUAUGUCCAUCUUCUUGCAGCAUGUUGCAUUUUGCUUAUUGCUUUACUAUAUCAGUAUUUCAGCUAGGAAGGCACUUUCCUGGCAAUCUAAUUUUCUAAAGCAAGGAAUGAAGUUCAUUAUAUAUCCCAUAUAAAUAAGAAAAAUCUUACUUUGCAGACAUAUGGAACUGCUUUUCCUUUUAAAGAAGUUUAUAGCAUUAGCUUUUUUUACUCUCAAUCUAUACCUGAUGAAAUGGUCUAUGAAAGCUUAUGCUGCAAACAUCUUUCACUUAAGUCUCAGAGAGGCUACAACAUCCCUUAGUAUUUUAGCAGAAGAAUAUCUGGACACCUUUUUUGUUUGCCUCCUCUCAUGUAAGGCCAUAGUGUGGGCUGUGAAAUAGCUUUAACAUGAAAAGAAGACACCUUUUAUAAUGAGAGGGACCUUUUUGGACUUUACCCUGUACCAUUUGCUAAACAAGCUUCUAUUGGUAGACUCAAAAUACCUACAUACUUCUUUACCAAGUGAGUAAACAGUAUUGUUAUAUUUAUUUUGUAUCAUUUAUUUUAGCAAAUGUCAGACUCCUGGAUUUUGCUGCUUGCUACAUGCAACUAGAUAGAGAUAAAAGUUUUGUGGGAUACUACUAAAUAUAGUGUGUUCCUCAUGCACAAAAAUAUUGUGUCAGAACAAAACCUCUUCAAAGCACAAGACUUUGUCUAGACUGUGAUAAUUGCUGGAGAUUUGGGAACUAUUCCAGGAGGAUUCAUGUUAAUUGACUUAUACAUGGCAAUAAAAAGAACACUGCAGGUUCCUACAAGCACAGAACAUUGGAAUUUUUAUUUCUCGUUUUCUUAAUCUCAAAAAGAAAAGGUUGUAAUUACCACUACCUGUAUUAACUUGUAAUUUGUUACUGUAGAAAUGUAUAUUUCUGAACGCUGUAUGGUUUUCUAACCUUGGUCAAGCUACAUAAUAUAAAAAUAUUUCAGGCAAUAGAAACUUCCAGAUACCAGGAACUCAACAAUGCAAUAAAUAGGAAGUCAGAAAAUAACCCUAUAAUAAGUCAAGUGGUGACAUCCAUUAACAUUUUUAUAGGAGGUGGAAGGGUACGUAGUUUUAGCCAUGUGUGCACUCAGCCUCAUUCAGGCAGUGUGCACUAGAGAUGUCACCCCAAAUAUAGAAAUAUAGAAAUGUAUGAUUACUCUGCACAAGGUAUGUUUUUUUCCAAAUCACAUGAAAAAGGCAGCUACUUGAUACACACACCAUUGCUUCUUCAGAAGGCACAGAGUCAUCAUUUUGGGCUCUACAUUUGUCAAUGCCACCAAAUUAACAGUCUCAGCAAGCUUUUUCUGAUGGCACUGACUCUGCAGGUAGGUACUUGUACAUGAACAUCUAUUGCAGUGUUGUUGGCUGCAUCCCGGGGAGGCAAUGAUUUAGUAGCCAAAAUGCUCAGAAGUGGGAUUAUACAGACAAUUUGUUUAAUUAUUUUUGCAAAAAGAAAUGAAUGCAAGAAUGCACUACAUAUUUAAAUGACCCAGGAGUUUUUGUGGUACAAAGGUUAAUACGGUGAUGUGUGCAAGAAGUAAAAGUGAGUUCAAUGGUAUAUUAGCUGUCAUUCUUGUAUCUCGUUUAUAUAAUCAUAAUACCACCCCAUGUAUAGGAUCCAGCUCUAGCCAGAACAUUUUAGAGCUUUUGCCAAGGAGGUGGUUUUUAUCCCAGUCUUCCCCCCCAAAGAGGAAAUCCCAGCUCUUUUGAAGUGGAUUCCCUUAUUUUCAUUUCCUUCAAGUCCUGCAUCAUAGAAGUGACAGAUGAUCACUCCUGUACAUGACUGUUCUGAGGAAUUUCAGAAUAGCGUUUACCUUUCUGGUAUUCUCUGAUGGAGAGGAGAGAAUCUGACACCAAUCCUGCUAGAUGUCCUCUGCAGUAUUGGAACUAAUUUUCCCUUAACUUGACCUGAAGCACUGACUAUGGGACAUCAGGCAAUGUCAAUAUGCCUAUAUUCAGUCUCUCUCUCUUUGUGUGCUCAUCCUUUUCAAAAUUCUGACAUGUUCUUGCCAAAGCAUAUUUUUUUAAACGACAUAGAUUUCAGUGCAGUUGUUUAAAGUACCUGAGGCGAACCACACACAACACACUGUUGUAUGCAAGAGUGCCAUACCUUAAAAAAGGAAAGGAAAGGCAAUCCAGGAAGGGCAGCUUUAAAGGGGAGAAGUGGAAUUUACCCACUUUGCUUGUUGUCUAGCUCCCCUUCCAAAACUCAACUUUUUUUAUCAUGUCAGAAACAAAUUGAGAACAUACUGCAAGUCACUUCUGGUGUGAGAGAAUCGGCCAACUUCAAAGACAUUGCCCAGGGGACACCUGAAGGUGUUACCAUCCUGCAGGGGGCUUCUUUCAUGUCCCUGCAUGGGAAGCUAUUGCUGACAGAUGGGAUCACACCCCAUGUCACGGAUUUGAACCACCAACCUUCAGGUCAGCAGUUCAUCCGGCACAAGGGUUUAACCCACUGCACCAUUGCGGCUCCUCAUUUACAUGAACUUGGGGCCCCUUUGAGGAGGGGCAAAAAAAGCCGCUUAGGAGACUGAUUUAGAAUAGAGAAACUGGAGAAAGGAUAAAGGUUGAAGGCUUGCUACUUCCUUACUUUAAAGUCCUCUUCCUGGAUUUUUUUACUUUUUAUUUUAAUGCAUGGAAUUACUUUUUGCAUAUCUUUGCAUGUGACAUAAUUUGAACUGCACCAUGUCUUGAGGAAAUCCCCUGGACUUUUUACUUCCAGAAUGGAAAUCUCUAUGAUUAGCAUUAAAAAGUGUCAUUAUUUCCCUCCCAGGGAGAUAAAAGGGAAAUGGAUGUCAAACAAUCUCACUAGCAGGGAACUUAACAUUACAGAGUCUCCUCCUGACUUCAUAUUAGGUAAGAAACAAAGAGAGGAGGCAGAGGAAGGAGAAUUCUUGCUUCUUAUUGUUUGGACCAAACCAAAGGUGGCAUUUCUGCAGCAUGAGCUAGAAAACAUUCCUCUGCCAAGUUAACACUGAGAACAACAGCACACUGAUUUGACCAACUCAUCUGAUUAUUUUGUUUAAUUGAAUCCCACUUAAUUUUACACCUUAUAAUUGAUGUUCUCUCUAGUGAGCCCAUUUUGCCAUAGUUGCAAUAACCACCAAUCAGUAAGAAGGUGUCCAACAUAAUAAGCAUAUAUUACAGUGGAUGACAGAGAUCAAGAGCUUAACUACAGUUAAUUUCAGUCUUGUGUUUUCUGGAUGAUUACAUCCCCAUACAAAAUAUGACAAAAUACUUUUUGAAACUGAGUUGAGCAUCAAAAGAAACUCCAGUUUAUGACACGACAGCAGAGGGUAAGGUUCAACAAAAGGAUAGAAAUCCUACCUGUUAUACCUGUAGCGCUUUGAUGAGCUAAAUGACAGCUCUUUUCUUGAAAUGGUUUCUUCAUUGUUCUCAGAAUAUGUAACAGCAGGGAAUCAUUGUUCUUGUACAAUGCAUUUAAUUGGAUGUAUAAGCAGCACUCACAUCAUAGUUGCACACAACAGGUUAUCAUUUGCCAGAAACAUUAUUGCUAGUGUUGUUUGGUGAAAACUGCUGAGCAUCUCUGUAUCACAGUGUUAAUUCAUGAGCUCUACAAGGACAAAGUUUGAAACACAUAGAAUGAUACAGAUAUCUGUUAGGAAGUCAGUUUCCAAAGGCAAUCAGGAUCCCCCACCUCCCACAUUAGGUGCUAUCAGUCACACUUGAUUAAGAGUUUCUAUUUGAUGUUCUGAAAACAUUUGUUGUUCUCAUUCAUCAUGGCAGCUUGGAGUAGUUUCCUGUGGUUGAUCGGCCCCACAUCAGUAGCACAAAUCCAGAAAGCAAAGGCAAGGCAACAACUCCAGAGAGGGACCUCUGGCUAUACAGGAUGCCACGGGAAGGAUCCAUUGGUAAAGUGCAUUCAAAGGACAGAAAGCAGGGGGCGGAGGGGGGAGCGUGUGUGCAUGUGUGCAUUUCUUAUGACAGAAAACUGCAACAAAAUUGUCCUGGCAGCCUUGUUUUGUAAAAUGCCAGAUUUAUUGUACUGGAAAAGGUUUCUGCUAACCCUUUGUACUUUGCACAGUUCAGAGAAAGGUUUUGUUACACAUGAAUGUUAACGUAUCGUUUAAAAAACGUCAAUGGUUAUUAUGAAUACAAAUGAUCUUCAGUGACUGUGUUUUCUCAUUCUUUCAAUAAAAUAACCAUCAAUGUAA